UCUUGUCUCUCUGCUGUCAGACCUUCUGUUCACGACUAGCAUCAUAUACUACUUAUGUCAAUAUAAGUAGCACACACCACAGUAUGGCAACUCGAACUGAUGUACGUACGUACGAAGUUCUACGUUGUUGCUGACUGACUGACCUUUGGUUAACAGAUGGACAUCUGGUCUACGUUACCUUUGACUCAAAUCGGUAAAAGGUAACCGAGUCUUCUGAAUCUGUCAAGAUUUCAUUAGACACCAACAUGUCAGGGUUGGUGAGACUUUUGAAACAAGUAAAGUGGUUGAUGUUUUCAACUAUUUCAUUCCCUAUUAUUAGUUCAGGCGUUGAUACAAACCAGUCUUCAGGCAAUAUUUAGGAGGGCAAACCGAUACCGAACUGAUAAAUCUUCUGUUUAAAUGCUUCAAUAGGUUUCUCAAGCUUUUCUUACCCCCAGGCUAAAUCUACACGACCGGCCAAACCAAAACGUGGCAUCAGUGCUUGAAGACACUAACUUCUGGUCUGAGCCAUGUUGGUAGAUGCAGACUACUUGGUCGGGGUCCACGUGACUAUCGUAACCAAUGGUUGGAGACUCUUGGUGACAUGGCUCAGGAUCGAUCACGAUGGCGUAGGUGUAUACACUCUGUCUUCUCUUAAACUAAGAGAAUAAAAUCGUUUCAUAUCUUUCUUUUUAUCUACUAAGUCUUUCUUCCUGUACUUUGUCGUGAUAUGCAAUCUUUCUUUUAUAUAUUACCACCUCUGCAUUAACUACUUUUAUGAAUCCGAUGUUCAUCUUGCUGUGCCAAUGCGGUAUGACAACUUGGACCGAUGCAUAUAUAUGCCUGGUCCUACGUUGUAGCUAGCUAACUGACUGACUGUUGAACAGGACAAAAGAGGCGCGAGAUGUGGAAAGAACGCUUUACUUCAAUUUUCAUUUAUUUACGAAAAAUCGAGGGUAUUUAUAUCCUUUCAGACGGCCUUAGACUUCUGGAAGGUUCUGGAACCAUACUAAACAUAGUAACAGGGUAGGUAAUCAUCCAAUCAAAAAUAUGACACGUAACUUCUUUUUCCAUGUGUUUCUGAGAAACUUACUCGACGCUGGUUAGAUAAAAUAUUUCCCAGCGUUUUCAGAGCCUCUCCGAACUUUUUUCGAGGAAUAUUCUGGAUCUCCCCAACAUUAACAUACAUUGUUGCUCAAUACGAUCAGAUUUUGUAUUUUGUCAGCAUCUUCACACAGUAUAACUGUCGUUUGCGUAUUCCAAGUUGGCUAGUCAGUUUUUUGGUAGAACAAUUCCCUGAGACAAUGUCCAUGAUGAGGUUGAAUAAGAAUGGAGAGAGCGGACUACCCUGACGAACACUCAGGGUUGACUAUUCUGAUGAGAGUUCAUUGCAAGGUUCAACUCGGCCAGUAGUGACUGAUUAUGGCCUGUACAAAUUUGAUGUAAUUUGGUAUCCUUUUUAGCGAUAGGCGUUACUACAGAACUUCUCGAUCAACACGCGAUCGUACCUGCUACCUUGAUGUGGUGGUAAGGCUUGCCUAUCAUGAUGGCUUAACCGAACUAUAUUGGCUAAAACACAUUUUCAUUUGGGCCCUACCAUGUUAGGCAGGUCGGUUGAAGAACGGUGAAACUAAAAGCACCAUCCGAAGGCUCGAGGACGAUGUACUACUGGCUGUACAGAUGUGUGGCGGCAGUAAGGUGUCUUCCUCGAACAACCAUCACCUGCAUCGAUUCUCCCUUCUCACAACAGAAGGAAGGGGUUCGAAAAAAUUUGCCCUGAAAAUGUCACACCUCACCUUACCCGGCGGAUUCUUGUCUCUAACGGUAAAGCCUGCAGGAGAUUGUGGCAGUUUUUGUCAUUGAAAGGUGUAGCAAUGAAGUACAUUAACAUUGUACAGGCUCUCUACUCGAACAAUUCCUGUCCGGCCAGAGCUUAUGGAGAACUGCCAUCGCAAUUGGUUACUUUAAGUACUGUUUGUCAUGGUUGUCCACUUCCUCCAUUUUUAUUUAACCUUGUCAUAGACAUGCUUUUGGAGAUGACACUUCCGUCGUCUGACUUUUCAGGGAUUGUUCGUCUACCAGGAGGUUCACUUGUUGAUUUCGAAUACGCGGAUGAUGUAUUUCUCUUUGGUGAAGACGCUGACAAAAUGCAAUCUCCUGAUCGCCUCCAGCAAUAAAACGGCUGUUUCAAAUGUAAAAUGUUACUUCAGGAUUGGCUUGCAUCAUCGCCUGAAUUAGUGAUAGGGAGCGAAGUAAUUGAAAGCAUCUGACGCCUCACUUAUUUUGAGAGUCUCAUCAAUGCCAAUAGUUUGGUGUCUGACGGAAUCUCAGCGCGGAUUCAGAAAGCUCUAUUGGCUUUUGCCAACUUGCGUCACUUGUGGCGUACAGGAGAUAUCUGUCUUCCAACCAUAGGGUGAGUUUACCGCGCAGCCGUUCGCUCCAUCCUCCUUUAUGGAUGUGAAACAUGGCCAUUAAGAGUAGGGGAUAUUUGUAUGUUUCUGGUAUUCGAUAAUAGGUGUCUUCAAGGCAUUGUUCAUACAUUUUGGGAUCACGGAGUAAGAAGUGUCUGGGUUAGGAAUAGAGUAAUAGGUAAGGAUGGUUAGACGAUUGAUGAGAUAGGUAGUAAAUCAUCAUCAACUGAUGUGGUUGGGAAAUGUGUUAUGGUGUGUGCUACUUAUGUUGACAGACAUAGACUUAGCCAUAUUAAUAGGUACGGACCACUAGGUCGGGGUCCGCGUAUUUGCUGUAACCAAUGGGUUGAGACUUUGAGUGGCAUAGCUCGAAAUCAUUUGCACUGGCGCAGGUGCAUCCACUCCUUGCCUUUCCGCAGAUCAUGAGAUUCUAAAUUCCUCACAACUUUUUUUAUUUCGCCAGUUUAUAUUUUCUUUUUGAGUUGCAUCGCCGAUGCUUAAUAUUUCUUCUUACCACUGAUAUUGCUGCUACUCCUGCUAUUUUGGGAUUUGGUCUGAUAACUUCAUCUCGUGCUAAUGGGAUAUGGCAACUUGGACCGAUAUACAUACGUACAGGUUCUACGUUGUGACUGGCUGACUCGAUCAACAGUCAAACUCUGCCACAAGGUCGAAUUUGGAAAAGUAUAUCUGUGUUCUGAGACCUAAUGAAGAGUGAAGAUUCGGACGAUACAUCCACAUUCAGAUCUGAAACCAGCCUGGUUUUCUUGAGUUUACUCUACACAAGCCUUACUUUAGUGUCCGAUGAUUAUUGAAGCAAAUAUUUUGUGUACUAUAUUAGUUAAACUGAUUCCUCUACGGUUACCACAAAGGGUUAUUUCUCCUUUCUUAUAUAUCGGGACAACCAGUGAUGGAAACUAAUCAGAUAGGAUUACGUCUAGUUUCCAGGUUUUAGCUAAGAUUUCAGGUAAUCUAACUGCAAAAACUGGAUCACCAUACUUAAAGUACUUCGAGGUUAAUUCUUCAGGACUUUCUGCUGUCCUUAGUGUUAGAUUAGCUAUAAACUUUUCAACUUCAUUAAGGAAAGAAGAGUUUAUUUCAAUCUCAUCCCGAUUGUUUUAGAAUGGUGGGUAACCUGCUAUUAAUACUCCAGGAGAGCCUGUUCUACUUUUAGACCUACUGCUAUGCUUACGCCUGCGAUGCGACAAGAAAUGGAAGUCAAAUCCUCAGAAAUAUGGUGUAUAGAUUUGGCUGGUUCUAUGUAUUAAUUAGGUGAGUUCAAGUGAAUAAUCGUACUUGGAUCAUGUGUGCAUCUUUUGGAGAUAACAUAUCGAUAGGACGAGAUUAUGGAGCACUAGCCAAGGAAGCCUAUUGGUCUAUCUGACACAAGGCUUGAACGUUGGACACUCCAAAAUAUAAUUUGUAGUGCAGUUUCAGGAGACGAGGAAUAACAUCUCUUGAACUCAUCUCCUUAACACUGGUGGUACAUGGCGGUAAAGUAAUAGGGGAAGGGUUAAUAACGGGAAUAGGAGAAGUACUGAGAAAUAAUGAAGUGAUUUUUUCGUGAACAAGGUGAUCUCGAGUGCGGUUAAAAGUAUUAGGGUGGUUAUCACUUCCCUGUUGACUUCACCAUGGAAGGAUGGUUUAUAUUUUCAGGACGUGAAAAUGAAACUGAAUUAGUAGUGGUCUUAGUGAUCUAGGAGCGUAACAGAGCCCAAGGUACAACUGCUUAAGGCCGAUCGAGGGCGAACUUUUUGCAGAUUUUUGGUUAUAUCAGCUCCGUCAUUGAAAAAGGCUUUACUAUCGGAGAUAAAAAAUUCAUUGGAUUAAAUGAAGUAUGACGUAUUUAGGGUCAAUCUUUUCCAACCCUUCCAUUGCAAGGAGGCAGCAGAUGGGGAUGCUGGUUAUCUGUAGGGACUUCCUUACUGCCUUCAUACUUCCAUAUAGUCCGCAGUACGACUUCUCCCUCGGAACUUGGGUUACCGCCUCCUCCACUAAACUACUUGAUGUGGUAGGACCUAAAGAAAUAGAUGUUCUAGUCAAUGUAGCUUGACUGGGUCAGUGCUGUAGGUUAGUCUGAACAUCACGCCAAGGUAACAGCUACAAUCCGGAUUUUCUGGUUAUCAUAACUACAAACUGCAUAGGACGUUUAGCUUUUCGUUGUAGUUAUAAAUACAAGUCAUCGAGCUUGCAGUACUACAAACCAAUGCUUAUUCAUUUUAUUUAGAUUUCUAAUUUUCAGGUUGAAUGACUUAACGUUUCGUUUUUCUCAAUGAUUUUAGAGUCAUCCAUCAUUACGUUUUUGUGUCGGUUUGAGUUGUCCUGUUUUGAUUUGUGCGCUUGAAGAACCAAAAGCACGGCGUGUUCAGUGCGAGCGGUGCCAUGCAGAGUUCUGUUUUAUGUGCUCGGAAGCGUAUCAUGCUCCAACUAGUUGUGCAACUCUAAAGCACUGGCUUGUUAAGUGUCGAGAUGAUUCAGGAACAGCAAAUUAUAUGACAGCUCAUACAAAAGAUUGUCCAUCGUGUCAUGUGUGUAUCGAGAAAAAUGAAGGUUGCAAUCAUAUGAAAUGCUCAAUUUGUCACUACGAAUUCUGCUGGGUGUGUUUAGGCGUUUGGAAAUCACACGAUGCAGAAUACUACUUUUGCAGCAAAUAUCAAGAGAAUCCAGAUUCUGCAAAAGAAUCCGUACGAACGCGUGCACGUGAAUCUCUGGAACGCUAUAUGUUUUAUUAUGAACGAGUAAGUUCGUUUGUGCAGUUUUUUUUAAAAAUUAGAUCCUUUAUGUUGCCUUUUUGUGUGUACAUUUUAGAUACACUAACUGUAUUAAUAUCUAGGCUUGUACAAUAUAUUUGUUUGUUUGUCUCUGUAAAUAAAACUUUUAAAUAACAUUAUCGACUUAGAUGUACUUAUUUAUUGAAUAGUUUUCAAUAUCUAUUUAUGUGUCUAUUGUACUUUUGGUAGCCCUGGAUUAUCUGACUCUAAUUGGAUUGUUUCUGAUUGCUAUCGAAAUACACAUGUCAUCAUCAUCAACUCAAAUCGCGUUGGUGAUUAACGGAAUCAGAUAAGUCAAAUACGAGAAUGAGGUUUGAAUACGUAUAUUUCAUACAAUCGUUGAUCGGAAAGUGAAGCAAAGCGAAAUGACGCGCGAUGAAUGCGAGUGACCCAACUUCAUUUAAUCCAGCGUUAAUCGAUAUAGUCAGACAAAAAUAAGUUACAGAGAUGUGGUGAGUAAGAUAUGAAGUGCACACACGCUUACAUAAAAAGUAGUCAAGGUUGAUAAACGAAUAAGUGAUAGGGUAAAAAUGUGGCUUACGAAGAAUGAAUAGAUUGAUCUGUCCAGAGGGUAGAAUAAUCUGUGUGAGCUUGACACAGUAUCAUCCCCUACAUACUAACAUUAUUUGCAUGAAAGUGGUAUAAGUAGUAGUGAUAAUAAUAAAAACAGUGGAAAUGUUGUUUUUCAAAUUCUAACAGACCAAAGCUUUAAGAAAAUGUCAUAAAAAUCUUACUCCGUUUAUAUCCGCUGUUGUGUGUAAACAGUUUGAAAUAUUUCUGAAUUCCUGGUACAUCUCAGUUAAUUCAGUUUGAGAAAUCGCCAUAGUCAUUCUCUUUAUAAUAAUCAAUUUCACGAUAACUAGUCCUUGUUGUUGACUUUAUUUAAUCUAUGAUGUUCCAAUCAUGGCCAUUUAAACUAAAGGAGGGGAGGUUAACUAAUUAGUUGGCUUUCUGCAACUUGUUUAACACUUUGGUGAAAUGUCAUUAUACAAUAUUUUAGAAAAUAGUUUCUAAACUGAUUAUCACAUGUUUCAAAGUUUAGUCCAACUAGUUCACCUUAGUCACUCUGUUGUAAGGUAUGUUCUUGAUUUUUCAUGGUUAGAGACUUCGGUUGACAUGGCUCAGAAUCGUUCUCAAUGGCCCAGAUGCCCUCAAUCUUUGUCUUCUCUUAGAUCAUAAGUUUAUAGAUUUCUCACAUACUUUUUAAAUCUCAUUAAUUCAUAUUUUUCUGAAUUGUAUCUUUGACGCCUAAUCUUUUCAAUCAUUACUCAUACUGUUACUACCUCUACCAUUCUGGUAUUUGUCGUGAAAAUUUCUUCUCUCUGUGCUAAUCUGAUAUGGGAACUUUAACCGACGUACACAUGUGGCAGGUUCUACGUUGUUUUUGACUAACUUUCUUGGUUUUUACUGAUAUUUGAUAAUUAUGAGUAAUGACAAAAAGAAUAAAAUCGAGGUCUAAAGUCAGCUGAAAAAUCACUGUAACCUAGGAGACAUCAGGCAGAUGGACUCUCCAACAAGGUUCUCUCACGAACCCACUCUCAUUUGUCAAAUGGAUAGUUGUUAGGAGUGUGUUAAGCCUAAUCGAAGCGUAUAUACGUACGAAGUAGUAAGAUGCUGCUUCUCAUGUCAGGUUCAGCUAAUUAUCAUUGUUCCUGUCAUAUAUUAUUUCGUGAUUUUAAUCUUAUUUAGCAGGAAGCAAGAAACCAGUAGCUCUUAGAUUUUGUGCUAAUUAGCAUUCUGUAGCAUGUAUAUCUAGAAUUUUAAACAACUGAUAUUUCUCGUAAGAUUCUUUUUCAUUAAAUAACUUCCUAUCUGCCACUCAUAAGUUAUAAUGUAGUCGUUUUGAAAGUAAUCGUAAAUCGUUGAUCAUACUCGACUGCUUUUUUUUCUGAAAUCAGAUUAACUAUAUUAGUAAAUUAGUUGUCUGAUAAAAACGAUUUCAGCUAAACUAAUUACUAACCAGUAGUAAAUAUUUUAAAACUGACCUUUCCAAUUUAGUUUACUUAUCGAUCUAAAUUUUACUUAUUGUCGUGAUCAUUUCCGGAAAUGUAAUAACAUUCAUUUUAAAUCAAAUGUAUUCAUAAAUCUCCAUUUCGAUUCACUGGACACCAAUGCCUUCAUUAAUUUGUUUUUGAUAAUUCCGAUUUUAUUUCUCAACUGUUUAUUCUAUAUGAUAGUGGGAAAAUCAUGAACGUAGUCUACGAUUAGAACAUGAUCAACGAGCACGUAUUCAAACGCGUAUUAAUGAAAAAGUUUUGAAAAAAGAAGGUACAUGGAUUGAUUGGCAAUAUUUGUUACUUGCUGCAGAUACAUUAAGAAAUUGUCGAUAUACUUUAAAGUAUACUUAUCCUCAUGCAUUUUAUGGUGAAAAAUUGGAACGUAAAGAGUUAUUUGAAUAUCAGCAAGCUUUAUUAGAAGCGGAAGUAGAAGAUUUAUCAUGGAAAAUAGAACAUGCUGAAAUAACAGAUCGAGCAGAUUUACAAAAUAAAAUGGAUAUUUGUGAGAAGCAUCGUUUAACUUUGUUACAAGAAUUUCUAACUAAUUAAAUCAUGUUCUCAUUUCUUUUGUUUUUUUUUCUAACUCAGAAAAACUAUUUAUUUAUUAUUUUUUGUGUUAGUGAUCUAUAAGAUUUCAUUUACCUUCAUCUCUUUUUUCUUCUGUUACUUACUUAUCGACUUACUUAGACAAAACAAUGACACACAAUAACGGUGUUAACGACUACAUAGCAUCGUUUUUUUUGUUUAAAAUUUUAGUCUUAUCCUUUUAAUUACACCCAGUCACUCUUCUGUUAAUGUUUCUAGAACAAUAUUCAUUAGUCUUCAUGACAGUGUCCUUUCUCUACUUAUCUUCACUGUUGAGUGCAAAUAGACUCAUUGAAACACAUUGAAUCUUGGCUUCUGAUUUCAUUGUGUGUGCUAUUUGCCAAUUUUGUCUAUGUCUUUGUCUUUUAUUAUAAAUGAUAAUUUAUCCUUUACCAGCUUUGCUGACUGUGUCAUUCUAAUCAUUAACUUUGAUUAUUCUUUUAAGAUCUACUUAUUGUAAAUCUUGCUCUUUGAUAUCCGUUCAUCACAUUCUUUCGUAUAAAUAUUUGGGUAAUCGUUAUAGUGCUUUUUUGUAGCCUUUAUAUUUCGUUAAGAUAAGUCACCAUCUAUUUGUUUUAGGGAUGAUUUGUCCUAAUUUGUGCUGGAUAACUAUCGAGUUUUGUUCAUGGUAUCUUCCUAUUUUAGUGAUAAACUGUGAUUCACAAAGUUAUUGCAAAAUGAAUGGAGUUCCUAGUCGUCACUUAGAUUUUCGAUAAAGAUUUUUUAUCUCAUAUGAAUACGUUAUAGACUGUAUCAAUAUGUACAAUUGCCGCG